UUCCUCUAGGUGGUCUGGUAGAGAAUAAGGUGGUCUCUCUCCUGCUGGUGGCUGAACCAGAGAGUAUCUUUGCAAUGCCGGACCCCACCGUCCCCGACAGUGACAUCAAAGCCCUGACCAUACUGUGUGACCUUGCCGACCGCGAACUGGUGGUCAACAUCGGCUGGGCCAAACACAUCCCUGGUAGGAAAACACACAGAUACAGGAAUAAAUGGGUAUACUGUACAAACACACAAACACACGCACACACACACAGAGGCAUAAACACACAUAAUAGUCACACACAUCAUAGUCAAUAAAACUCUUAUCAGCUCAGAGUGGAGAUUGUUGCCCCCUGAGUUGGAUUAAGACUUUAGUCCAGAAACAGAAAACAGUGUGAAUCUGUGUGUAUGUAUGUGUCUGUGCUCUGCUAAGCCAAGGUAAGGAUGUGUCAUUUGCAGUGGUGUAGCGCAGUUCCGCGGGGACCCAUUAUCCCUUAGGUCUAGCACAAAAAAUACUUAAAUUGUUUAAGCAUAUGUAUGCGAAGGAGAUGUGUCGUGCUGCAUGAGGCAAAUGGUGGUCACACCAGAUACUGAACGGUUUUCUGAUCCACGUCCCUACUUUUCUUAAAGGUAUCUGUGACCAACAUAAUCAUAUCUGUACUCCCAGUCAUGUGAAAUCCAUAGAUUAGGGCUUAUUACAUUUAUUUCAAUUGACUGAUAUGAACUGUAACAGUAGAAUAAUUGCAUGUUGUGUUUAUAUUUUUGUUCAGUGUAAUGAUGUGUUGAAAUGGGCCCGACAAUAUAAUAAUAUUGUUUUUCUUUUUGGAGGGGGGGGGUUGGGGGCCCCAAAAGCUUGUGCCCCCCCCCCAGCUUUGCUGGGGCUGUGGGUGUGUGUGCUAUGCCAGUGGUCACUUGACCAUGUGCCAGAGCCUACUACCACCUGAAAGUAUUAGUAGUAGUACUCUUAAUGUUUCCCCCCUUCCUCCCUGCUGAUAAGAGGAGUGUGUAGGGAGAACUCCUCCUAGAUUAGUGCUCUCCAGGAUGGAGGGCAUAGGAGGCAAAAUAAGCUGUUUAAGCCUGUUUAAGCAAGCCAGGGUUUAGUUGUGUAGUGACAACACAUAUGGAUCAUCGGACACACACUAAUGGUGGAGAUAAAGAGGAAGAGGCCAUCUCUCUUCACCCCCACGGUUGAGUUUGCAUUCCACCCUGUUGUGGAUACAUGGUUGAGCUUGUGACAGCCCUCAGUCUCUCUCUCUAGGAAGUCUUUGUUUUGGAAAGGCCCUUGGGUGUGGGCCAGCUGUGUUUAUCUGGUCUAACUGGGAAAACUAGUCCCUCCCACAACUACACCCAUGGUGACACACAGGAUUAGAUAUCUGUCUAACUGUAUAAUUGUCCUGCCUCGUUUAACCAAACGUCAGAUUUAGUUUAAUAUACUUUAGCUGUAUUUUAUAUUUCCUGUUGAAUUUCCUUACAUAAGUAUUGUUAUUAAAUUUGUCAGGGUACACAAACUUGUAGAAAUCGAAUGACAUUCCCCAAGUAGAUAGCAGUGAAGGUAGAUAUGACCAUAUAUCCAGUAUCUUUUUCACCUCUCUCUCUCUUUCCCCAAGCUUUUUCUCUCUCUCACUCAGAUGAAAGUCUCUCUCCUCUAUCAGCAGUUAAUGUCCUGUUCACACCCAAAACAUCACCAGGGAAACACCUGUAUGUUUGUUGAUUUUUGUCCAGUAAUGCUUACACAACAAGCUACCUAAGCAGGUGUGUGUGUGUGCAGACUUUCUUGAUCAGCACUUUCAUUGUUCUCAAAUAAAGGAGGAAGAGCAACAAAGCGUUCCCCUCCUGGCUGCCUUGGAACUCUUCUUCUCUGCUUGUCACCAGUGUUUACUGUCAGAGUGGGAGUCAAACAGUCAGUCAUAUGGAUGUCUGUAUUUGUAGCACUUUGCCAGUGGAGUGUUUGUCUGUCUUGGGGAGUGGAGCAUCCAUAAGAAACAACCAGAGCACAGACACAGACACAGACACACCAGGGACCCACCUCAGGGGGUGACAGAGAAGAGAGAGACUGAGAGAGUGGGAAGAUAGGGAUUGAGAGAGAGAGAGCGAUAGAGAUAGUCAGAUAGAUGUUGUGAGAGGGGGAGAGAGAGAUACAGUAGAAAAGGACAAAGAGAGGAGGGACAGAGAGGAAGAGAGAAAGUACUCUCAGCUCUAGACCAAUUGUAGCACCGUAAUGGUGGUGUCACAUCAGCUCUGUGUGAGUGGCAGGCUACAGCCCAUGGCUGGAGGAACCAGUGUCCUGGCAGAGGGGCCCAGGCUGUAUUUGCUACUGCCCAGGGGGAGGUGACCCCCCCUCCCCUGUCUGGUCCUGUCAUGAAGACUGACGUUGAUUCUAUCUGAGGGCUAGGCUGGUAGAAGAUGAGCUGGCUUAAGACCAUCUCUAACCCCAUGCUUUGGCCUUUUUUAGCCUGCCGUAAGUUGGCUGUGAGGUAAGUAUGUCUGCGUAUCUGUAGGUGCUCAGCUGAACCUUUCAAGCCCAGAUAACCCUCUCAAAUCAAAGCCUGUGAGCAUAUCACUGUCCCAAGAUCUCCACAUACCCGCGACCCUUACUACAGCUUUGAGAAUGCCAUUCCAUGGUUAAAAAAGAGGACCUCUUUGUCUCUGCCGGCAUUGUCUUGUCUCUGUGGGACAGAGGAUGUCGUUGAUGCUCCUUUACAGUGUGUGUGCCCUUGUGUGUGUCCAUAUAGAGGUAUCCUCAAAGACAAAGACACACAUACAGGUUCAAACAAUGCUUCUCCCUCUCCUCUACUGAUCAAUCGUUCCAUACUGGAAAGCAGAUCCCUAUCGACCAAUGAAAGAGUCCACAGACGGCGUUCCAAUCAAUCUGGGAGAGAUAAGAGAGGGGCGGGAGCCACAGGCGUCCCUAUGGCGAUUGUAAAAGUGCCCGGACCCUGAUAAGAAUCACUGAUGGUGUCAAAAAUAAAAGCCUUCCCCUCCUCCAUUCUGUAAAGUAAUCAAUCUGUUUUUUAAUUAUGCUGUGUGGGUGUGUGUGACGAGACUACAGAGUGUGUGGAUCUAAUCAUGCUCACAUGGGGGUGUAUCUGUCGUUCAAAGGGGGUGUCUUUAUUGGAUGGACAACUUAGGGCUUUCACUAUUAAACUGUUCCACACCCCCUGCCUCUGUCCCUCUAGCCCAACUGACCCCUCAGCCAGUAACCCUUCGGUUGAGCUUGGUCUAAUAUUUCCAAUAGGUCCAGACAUUCUGAGUGAAACCAUCACAAUGACAUGUUUGAGUGCAGAUGUUUUUGAAACCUUUAUGUAUUUUUAGUUUGUAUCUUUUCAAUGAAGAUAUCAUGUCUUCAGAAUUUCCCUUUCUCUCUUUAUCCCUAAUUAGAUCUAGCUAGCUCUAACCUCUUCAUCUCUCCCUUUUCUCCAUCCCUCUUUCUACAGGUUUCCCCUCACUCUCGCUGGCAGACCAGAUGAGUCUCCUGCAGAGCGGUUGGAUGGAGAUUCUGGUCCUGCGUGUGGUGUUUCGCUCGCUGGCCUUGGAGGAUAAGCUGGUGUAUGCUGAGGACUACAUCAUGGAUGAGGAGCAGUCCAAACUAGCAGGUGUACUGGACCUAAACAACGCCAUACUGCAGCUGGUGAAGAAAUACAAAGCCAUGAGAAUAGAAAAGGAGGAAUUUGUUGUUGUCAAGGCCAUUGCACUGGCUAACUCAGGUAUGGAACUUCACUGUUGAUGUUGGUGUAAUUGAGGUUGAGUUAGGCAUGUAUUUUCCAAUGACUGUUUGGCUUUGCUUUCAUUCAAUCUCUGCAUACAAUAUACCAACAACAUUUCCUUUCCUCUCCCUUUCCAUCUGUCUUCCCUCUCCCCCUCUCCACAGACUCCAUGCAGAUAGAGGAUGUGGAGGCAGUCCAGAGGCUCCAGGAUGUGCUCCAUGGGGCCCUGCAGGACUAUGAGAGUGCCCAGCACACAGAGGACCCUCGGCGGGCAGGCAAGAUCAUCAUGACCCUGCCCCUGCUCCGGCAGACGGCUGCCAGGGCCGUCCAGCACUUCUGUAGCAUCAAGCAGGAAGGCCGUGUGCCCAUGCACAAGCUGUUCCUGGAACUGCUGGAAGCCAAGGCC